CCUCCCACCGCCCGGCCCGCCUCGUCCUCCUCUCCCGAACUCUACCUGUCUUCGGAAAACAUCGGUUAUUUCCGUAGAGUUGUUUUCACGCUCCCGUCAGGGUGGCGCUGUGUUCGGCAACGCUCGGGUAUUUCCGUGACCCCUCACCCGGCGGCUCCGAGGCGCUGCAGGCCGGAGCAGCCGUUAGCAGGGCGCGCCCGGCUGAUUGGCCGAGGAGAGACCCCGCCGUCGGGGGCCGCGCCGGGCCGAGAGGGAGCCGGGGUGCGGUGCGUCAGGCGGCUUUCUCCCCGGGAGCUGAGAGGGCGGGAGCACCAGAGCAGAGAAGGCUUUCUUCAGGGAGAAGAGUGGAGGAUGACUCAGCAGGGAGCUGCUCUUCAGGGUUACAAUAAUGAACUAGUGAAAUGCAUUGAAGACCUGUGUAUGCAAAAGGAACAGUUGAACAAACAAAUCCAACAAGCAGAAGAGGAAAAAAGCAGACUUCAGCAUGAAAUCCAAACCCUGAAUGAACAACUGGAGUGUGUUUGUGAAAACCUGGCCCAAAAGGUAGCUUCAAGGAAUGAGCUUGAUAAAAUUCUAGCUGAAACUGAAGCUGCUUACAUGAAGAUUUUGGAUAGUUCUAGAACUUUGCUUAGUGUCCUGAAGAAGGAAGUAGGAAGUUUAAAGCAUUCACCAGAACUGAAAACCAACGUCACGUGACAUGUUUGAGCUCUUCAGUGCUAAAAUUCCACUAGGUGAGAAACGUGGUUGGCCACAGAACCUUUUAACAACAGUAAAAGCAGAGAGGGAUUUUCUUCCAACCUUUCUGUAUGUUUUAUUGUUAUUUUUGAAUGCACUAGAAAAUAGAUGAAAUAAAGUUACUGUUUUGCUGUUUAAGAAGUCCAGUUACUACAAAACUAUUGCAGAUGGGUGGCUGAGGCAGAUGUGAGGCUUUCAGUUUUGACAAGGUGAUACUUCAAGGCUAUUCUGAAGAUGGAAAAAAUCCAUGUUUUGUUAGUUUGGGUGGCUAUGGUGAAUUCCUGCUUCAUUUAAAACUACUGGAUGCAAGUUGAUCAGAUACUAUUUCUUUUUGCUUAAGAAAUGCUUAGGCUUUACAGUUAGGGACCAAAUAGGAAAUGACUGUUUAGAUUCCUCUAGGAGUUUGGAGUUCUCGUGAUGCAUGCACAAAGACAGGUCCUGUUUACAGUCAACACUUAUCUAGAAUAAUGGAAGAAUAAGGUGAGAAAACAUGACUUACAUGGGGCAUGGAGGCUUAAACUGUUAGGACUAGAUAUAUGGUUCAUGCAUUUUCUGAAGCUCAAAAGCCAUGUUGAGAAAGGAGGCAGGCUAUAGUGAAAGCCAGGUUUUGCUGUAAACGUGUGCCUCUGGUGGGCAGCACACAGUGCUGCAGGCAGCCAUGCCAUGUGAGCUUGGACCAACUAAUCCACUUACAGAUGAGGAAAAGAUGACUAUUUCAGCAGUAUCUUGAAGUCUGAAAAGAACUGGGGUUCAGAAAAAAAUACUAGGUUAACUACAAGGCUGAAGAAGAUAAUCUAAGCUCAAAGCCAAUAUUAGAAUUUAUGAAAACUUUAUUUUUAGUCUGCUUUAGCUCUGUACUGAUCUAUUAAAUAAUUGGAUUAAGAUUUUAAAGAAGAGUAAACAAUCUGGAAUAGAGAGAAAUAAAUUUAAAGGGAAUAUGAAAGUAGAAAAUGAGAUUGAAGGUAGUUUGCAUCGGUCAGAGGUUAAAUAAAACCAUUUAGAGUUCAAGGAAGAGGUAACAACAUGUCAGAAAUCUCAUUUUAAUCCUGUUUUCUAUCUGUGGUUCUUAGUAAGCCUCUCUGUUUGUGUGUGUACUUAUGAAUGCAUUUUGUCCUGCUCAUUCAUGUGUUACAGCAGUAACUUCUAUUUUUAGGCGGUGUCUUGUAGUCAAAUCUACAUUCUAUUCCGAUUAACUAAAUUCAAAGAAGUGCAAUUGUAAUCUCCUUACUUGAUAACAGUGUAUCUCUCAGGUGCAGAUAUAUAAAAGGUAUGUAGGUGUGAACAGUUUCAGUAGUAGUUCUUCAAUAAAAUGAAGCCAAUUUUAUGUUCUUCUGGUUGCCAUGCUACGUCAGGGAUUAGUGUGUCUGAGCUGAUGGGAUAGCAUUUCCACUGCCUUCCCUCGAGUAAUGCUGAGGUGAUGAAGUGAGCUAAUCUCAAGGGUGCUGCUAUUGCUGUAGUAGUUCAAUA